AUGGUCCCAGAUGGCAUGAGCAAAGCCUUCUCUGCUUUGAACCUCACCAGUCAAGGCCUUGACGUAUUCAAGAUGCUGCUGGUCGAUCUUACUUCCCGCGCCCAAAAGAAGAGCAACCGUUCGAAUCCUGCUCCCUCCACCUCCUCCCCGCUUACCGUGGCAAGGAUAACCCGGCUGGCUAUCGACAACAACCACCCGCCUGUGCCGUCGAGCCCACACUUGUUGGGAACUUCGUCUCCAUGGCUACAAACGACCGACAGCUCCGCUGUUUGGACACAGGCCCCUCUCGAUGAAGAGCCGUCAACUGCCGUCAGACGAAUCCUCCGUGCGCCUGAAGGCACGGGGUCGCGUCAGUGAACAAACCUGUAAGCAGGACCGGGCACGAACCCGGUCAGGCUCGAUUCGCUUCUAUGCCCUUGUUUUCCGCUGUGUAAAUAGAGAAAAUAGAAAGCGCGCCGAGAUACCCCUCGGGAGGUUGCUAACGGCCGGCUAAUGAGCCGGGCCGAGCCCGGCGUUAAAUAAUAAUACUACUACUACUACUACUCUCUAUCCGCGCGGGAGCGGAGGUGGGUGACGAUGGC